AUGGAAACAGGAAAUAAAACUGGAGCUUUAAAGUUCAUCCUGCUUGGACUCUCUGACAAUACAGAAUUGCAGCCUCUCAUAUUUGGUCUUUUCCUGACCAUGUACCUGAUCACCAUGCUUGGGAACCUAUUCAUCAUCCUGGUGAUCAGCUCUGACCCCCAUCUCCACACCCCCAUGUACUUCUUCCUUUCAAAUUUGUCCUUGAUUGACAUCUGUUUCAGUACCACUGUAGUCCCCAAGAUGCUGGUGAACAUCCAGACAGAGAACAAAGCCAUCUCCUACAUGGACUGCCUCACCCAGGUCUUUUUUUCCAUGUGUUUUCCUAUUCUGGACACUCUACUUCUGACUGUGAUGGCCUAUGACCGGUACGUGGCCAUCUGUCACCCCCUGCACUACACAGUUAUCAUGAACUCCCGCCUCUGUGGCCUGCUGGUGUUUAUUACCUGGUUCACUGGUGUCAUGGUAUCUCUCCUCCAUAUAUCUUUGAUGAUGCACCUGAACUUCUGUAAAGAUCUUGAAAUUCCACAUUUCUUUUGUGAACUGACAUGGAUUCUCAAGGCAGCCUGCUCUGAUACCUUUCUGAAUGGCACAUUGAUCUAUUUUAUGACUGGAGUGCUGGGGGUCUUCCCCUUCAUUGUGAUUUUGUUUUCUUACUCACGAAUUGUUUCAUCCAUCAGUAAGAUAUCCUCAUCUGGAGGAAAGCAAAAAGCAUUUUCCACUUGUGGGUCUCACCUCUCAGUUGUUUCUUUAUUUUAUGGAACAGGUGUUGGAGCCCAAUUCACUUCUAUAAUGACUCACUCCUCCCAAAAUUUCUUAAUAGCCUCAGUGAUGUACGCUGUGGUCACCCCCAUGCUUAACCCCUUCAUCUACAGUCUGAGGAACAAGGAUGUCAAGGGGGCCCUAGCAAGGCUCCUCAGCAGAGUGGCCUCUUGUCGAUGA